CAUCCCAAAAGCUUCGCCCUUGGCAAGAGAAAACCUCUUGUUUGGUCUCUCCCUCAGUUCCCUUCUUCGUCCAUGGAAGCCAACCACUGAUCUUCCCAGAGUCUUCCUCGAAGCUUUCUCUGAGUUUCCCCUUUGCUUUCUCAUAAAUUCGGAUCUGAUUUCGAAGCGAUUUAGCUAGCUAGGGCAAAGAUUUGCGUGUGCAUGACGAGCGCUUCCGAGCUGUUCUAUAACAGGAGGUCCCGAGUCGGCCGAACAAGUCCCGAUUUACGGCUCGAUUCUCCUCCUCCCGACCGGAAUUUCCAUCAUAAUCCGACUCACAGUCGCCGGAAUCACCAUUACAGUAGCACCGGCGCCGGCGGCGGUGGUAAUCACCGACAUGAUCUCGACGGCUGCGAUCCCCUCCGGCGAUACCCGCACGGUCGCCAUAUCACCCCCCGUGCUUCUCAUCAGGAAUGGGCAGCAUUUCGACUUGAGGAAAGUACGAGCCAGUUUGGUCCAAGUAAUCUAAUUGAAACAGAAAAUUUAAACAGUCCAAGCUGGCCAGCAUUGACUGCAAAUGAAAGGCUACCUGGAGCGGUGCUACUUGCGAGGGCGAGGCUUCGUGAGAGGUUGAGAGGUCUUCCCCUAUCUGGAAGCAGGCCACGCAGUCGAGGUGCAUCUAACAUCAAUGCUGGUGGGAUAGGGCCCGGUGGUGAGUCAAGGCCUUUUGAUGCAAGUGAUUGGGAGACUGAAAACCUAACUGGCUGGUCAACAGAUGGCUUCCCAUCUAUUGGCGUGAGCUCCCAAAGUUUACGGCCGCAACCCUCGCAACGAGAGAACAAAAAGCUGAGUGGUCUUACUCAAGAGGCUCUCGAUUGCUUGCAACUGGAGCUUUUCAGCAGCGAGGAAACUGGCACUGAAGACGCGGUGUCAAGAGCACCCCGGGAUUGCAGUAUAUGCCUUGAGAGCUUCUUCCAGGGAGAUCGGCUUAUAUGCUUGCCAUGUGAGCAUCGAUUCCAUGCUGUUUGCUUGGAUCCCUGGGUUCGAAUUCGUGGGGACUGUCCUUAUUGUCGAAGGGUUAUCAUUGUAGAGAAAAGUACCAUGAAAACUUCAGAGUCUCAGUUGAGAUGCUUUUAACUUUGGUGUUGUAGUGCAGGGAAAGUUUUGGGACUCCCUGAUCAACUUAUGCAUGCUGUUCUUGUACCUUCUCUUAUGUUGUACAUCAACUUAGGAAUCAAAGUGUGAACCCACGUCUUUUAACAAUCCGAUUUCUUUAGUCCAAAAUGUGAAUUUAAUUAGAUUUUUUUCUUUUUCUCCAUCUCAA